UAUUUAUACUCAUUGAACCCUUUUAUUGAUUUAUUCACUCAAGCCUUAUGGCAUUGGUGCAACUCAGAACAACUACAAAAAUUCUAAUGCAAUAUAUGGUCAAAAUGCAUUUUAGUUGCCUGAUGAUACAUUUUUUUUCUGUUUUGUUUUUUUUUUUUUUUUACAUUUGAGUGACCAAACUGGUACCUCCUAUUAUUUUCAAGUAGUUUGAGACUAGAGUGUAGGACAUUUUCCACUGAAGUACAUUUGGUAGAAUGUCCCCUGGGACUUCAGCUUGAUGGAGCGAUGUUGAACCGAUACCUACUUCCUUGGUAUAUUUGCUUUCUGUGAUGACUUGGUUGUACCUCUGUAAGAGUAUAGAGAAGGCACCAAGUAGCACCAAAGGUGCAAUUUAUUUGUUCUUUUCCUUUUAGUUGAUAGAUCAGAAUUAUUUUUGUUGCAAGUAAGAGAAACUAAAUUUAAUUUAAGCAAAAAACAUAUAUACCAGAAGAAUACAGGGUAGCCCUUGUAUCUGUAAGGAAAACUGGAAAGCACAGGUGGCUGUGGGGAUUUAGGGCUUCAGGGACAAAGUCCUCUUCACCCGCUCAGGUCUGUGCUCAGCAUCAGCACAUUUCUGGCAUGGUGGGGGUGGGGUGGGCAUGACACCAAGAGUGCAAGUGGAUUUGGGUCAUUCCCUGUGAAAACAAUCCCUGUAUGCUAGGCAUGAAAAAACAACAGAUUUCAGCAGGAUUCUCAGUUCUCUGAAACUAGAAGCAAUUUAACAUGCUUAUUUGCCAGUGUGGGUUAAACCUCCUUUUCCUUUUUUUGCUAAUGGAGGAGCAAUAAAAGUGGAGAAAGAUCAAAGAGGAAAGGAUCAUCAUCAGAUUGGGAAGCAUUUUUCCUGCAAAUACAACCUGGGAGUGGGCCUUGACACUCAGUAGCAUCCCUGUAUCAUUUUCAAGAGCCGUGGAUGGCUACCUAGGCUGCACUGUGUAACUCCAGUCACAUAAAGUUCAGCAUGAAUGGUGCCCCUGGAGUUGCACAGAAUCAUAGUGUCUGCCUUUCCACAUCUCUGUGCUUAUGUCAGAUUCUUUUCCCACUUCUCUAAAGUGUCUAGCAUAGGUCUAUAGAAUUUCCAGUAAAACAACUAACCACUGUUUUGAAUUAAAAUGUUGAUUUCUGCAGAAGCAAACUAUUAUAUGACGUACCUUUAAAGUACUUCUUUUAUGUUCUAAUUUUAGCUCUGGCUCUUUAUACAGUCUCCCUUACAAAUACUGUUGAUGCUUUUAAAAAUGUAUUUACAUGUGAGCAAGGAGAGAGUGCUGUACCUUUUAAUUUCUUUCCCUCUGUCUCUUACCCUGAAAGUGUGUUUUCAGGGAAGAGUAGGAAAAGUCUCUGGCUCUCCAUUACAGACCAGCUAUGUAGGUCACCCUCUUGUUAUCUCACACAAUUUAACCGAGACAGCUGGCCACAAGAUUGUGGGAUUUGUGUUGUGCUAAGGUCCUGAAGGGCUUGUUUGGGAUGGCCAGGUAUUAGAAGUGUGAUUUGCAAGUUUAAUUUGUCCAACACCUACAUUCCUGUAGUGUUUAUCAUAUGCUGCAUAAAGUAUGCAGAAAAAUGGCAGGGCCUGUAUUCUUUCCAUGUCUCAUUAUCUCGACUAUCUGUAACCUCAUGCUUGUUCUACUUUUCCCAGUGUUCCAGACCAGACCUGGUGCCCCUGAAUGUGAUUAGGAGAAGCUGUUUAUACUGUAAACUCUCCCACUAAACUUGACUCUUCUUGAGGAUAGGAACAGGUCGUGUUUACAUCAGUGCUGGCCACAUACAUAGAGGACAUGUAGUCAAGAUGUGUUUGGGCUCAAUAGAGAAGCCACAUGCACACUCAAGAUUAAUGAAUGAGUGGUACUCCCUGUUCCAAAAGCAGGCUGUCACAGUGGGACCUGGUGGCUUCUUAUCUUUAGUCAUUACCACCCACCCAUAUCUCUGCCUCGGACUGAGACAUUGUGGAGGGACUGUUGUUCCUAUGUGACCUAAGAACAUCUCCACUCCUCUCUGCUCUUAUAUUGUUAGGCAAAGCAGGAUCCCUUGGCACUCGGUUGUUUCUUUUUUGCAUUACUAUUUGGUAGUUAUAUGAUUUAAAAUAGUGCAGAAAAAAGAAGUAAGGCUGUUUUUUGUUUUUUUUUUACCUGCUAGUGGGGAAAAGGUUUACCUACAGCUGGAGCAUAGAACUUGGUUUCUAGGAGAUACCCUUUCAAUUUUUUUUGAGGAAGUACUGGAAUUACAACAUGUUUCAACCCACAAGCUGGUUUUUCUUAUCUUUUUUUCCCUUUUCCCUUAAGAGUGAAAAAAAAAAAGCCCUAGGCAAUAAUAAUGAAAUCUUUUAAAUUUGUGGCAUGAUUGGAAAAUGUAAUCACAGUGUGACAUUCUGUUAUUCUCUAUUCAUCUUUCUUUAUGGAAAAAAAAUAAUUAUGGUGGUUUUCACUGAUAAAAUUCCAAGGAUCUAAUGGUUUCCCAUGACUUAAGUUAGAUUUGAAGGUAUUUUACCUAGAGAUAAUAUCAGCUUCUCUCCAAAAUUUAGAAAUGAUACCCUUGCCCAAUAUUAUGUCACCAUCCCCUGCCCCCACUUCCAAAAAAAAAAAAAAAAACCUAAAGGAAGGGGAAAUUACAUUUUUACUGUUGGUUGAAAAUAGUUCAGAGUAUCACUUGACUUUUGAUGAAAUCUGGAAAGUCACUUAACUCAAACUGUUCCAUCUUCCCACACAUUUCAAAUGAAUGCUACAAGGAAAAUACCUCUGUAGAAGCAGAAGGGCUAUUUUUAGAUUGCACUCCUAUAUUUGGGUUUCAUUAGUCAGAUUCUUUUCCCUCAGGGACAGGGUCAUAUUUGUGUGUACUGUGUUUAUUGGCUUUUUCUUAUCCUCUUUACCCGGGACUACCUGGAGGCCAGCACACUCAGUAAACAUGUUGGUUUAUAAUCUGAAUAAAUCAUGUGUUUGUCUUGCCUACCUUUUCCCUCUGCCUUCCCCCAGUGUUGAAGAUCAAAAGCUUAUUUUGUUUUGAACUUACCUAUGGUUUCAAAUAAUUGAUUUCUCCUGGUUCCUAGUAGCAAGCCAUGGGUAGAGUGAAUACUCUGUUUUCAUUUUUCCCUCCUGAGUUCUAAAACACCUCAAUUUUCCCUCGUUUUUUUUAAAAAAGUUAUAUUUAGAAAAUUUCAGAGAAUUACUCUAAUAAAUUCCUUUUUAAUGAGGUUUUAAUUAUGAAUAUUUGUAGCUUCGAUUAGCCAGCAAGUAUUCAAACCAGGAAGCAUGUACUGGGCUGAUUUUGAAGAUUCCUCUCAGGAUAUUUCUUCAGUGUGUGCCAUUUUGCCCAACCUGACACGUCAGCAGUAGUUUAGUCAUAUCAGGAAAUAGAACAGAUUCAGCCAUGGCCCCAAGGAAGAGAGGUGGACGGGGUAUUUCGUUCAUCUUCUGCUGUUUCCGAAACAAUGAUCACCCAGAAAUCACGUAUCGGCUGCGAAACGAUAGCAACUUUGCACUUCAGACCAUGGAACCAGCAUUGCCCAUGCCCCCUGUGGAGGAGCUGGACGUCAUGUUCAGUGAACUGGUGGAUGAACUUGACCUCACAGACAAACACAGGGAAGCUAUGUUUGCACUUCCAGCUGAGAAAAAAUGGCAAAUAUAUUGUAGCAAGAAAAAGGACCAGGAAGAAAACAAGGGAGCUACAAGCUGGCCUGAAUUCUACAUCGAUCAGCUCAAUUCCAUGGCUGCUAGAAAAUCUCUGCUGGCUUUAGAGAAGGAAGAAGAAGAAGAGAGAAGUAAAACUAUAGAGAGUUUGAAGACAGCACUAAGGACAAAACCAAUGAGGUUUGUAACCAGAUUCAUCGACUUGGAUGGCCUGUCAUGUAUUCUCAACUUUCUAAAGACCAUGGACUACGAGACCUCAGAGUCUCGAAUACAUACCUCUCUCAUUGGAUGUAUAAAGGCGCUAAUGAACAACUCUCAAGGUCGGGCUCACGUCCUGGCUCAUUCUGAGAGUAUUAAUGUAAUUGCUCAGAGUCUGAGCACAGAGAACAUUAAGACAAAGGUGGCCGUGCUGGAAAUCUUGGGCGCCGUGUGCCUGGUUCCUGGGGGCCACAAGAAGGUUCUGCAGGCCAUGCUGCACUACCAGAAGUACGCCAGUGAAAGAACCCGCUUCCAGACAUUAAUUAAUGACUUGGAUAAAAGCACUGGGCGGUAUCGAGAUGAAGUGAGCCUGAAGACAGCCAUCAUGUCCUUCAUCAACGCAGUGCUAAGCCAAGGUGCAGGCGUGGAGAGUUUGGACUUCAGACUUCAUCUUCGCUAUGAAUUUCUGAUGUUAGGAAUUCAACCUGUGAUAGAUAAAUUAAGGGAACAUGAAAAUUCAACAUUAGAUAGGCAUUUAGACUUUUUUGAAAUGCUCCGGAAUGAAGAUGAACUAGAAUUUGCCAAAAGAUUUGAACUGGUUCACAUAGACACCAAAAGCGCAACUCAGAUGUUUGAGCUGACGAGGAAGCGGCUGACGCACAGCGAAGCGUACCCUCACUUCAUGUCCAUCCUGCACCACUGCCUCCAGAUGCCUUACAAGAGGAGUGGCAACACCGUUCAGUACUGGCUACUGCUAGAUAGAAUUAUACAGCAAAUAGUUAUCCAAAAUGACAAAGGGCAAGAUCCUGACUCCACACCUUUGGAAAACUUUAAUAUUAAGAAUGUUGUACGAAUGUUGGUUAAUGAAAAUGAAGUUAAGCAGUGGAAAGAACAAGCAGAAAAAAUGAGAAAAGAGCACAAUGAGCUACAACAGAAAUUGGAAAAGAAAGAACGAGAAUGUGAUGCCAAGGCCCAAGAGAAAGAAGAGAUGAUGCAGACUUUAAAUAAAAUGAAAGAGAAACUUGAAAAGGAGACCACAGAGCACAAGCAAGUCAAGCAGCAGGUGGCGGACCUCACGGCACAGCUCCAGGAGCUCAGCAGGAGGGCUGUCUGUGCUUCAAUCCCAGGUGGACCUUCGCCUGGAGCCCCAGGGGGACCCUUUCCUUCCUCUGCACCUGGGUCUCUUCUUCCUCCCCCACCGCCCCCACCUCUCCCAGGUGGAAUGCUCCCUCCUCCUCCACCUCCCCUGCCCCCGGGGGGCCCUCCUCCUCCCCCAGGGCCUCCUCCCUUAGGGGGACUCAUGCCACCUCCUGGUGCUCCAGUGAGUCUGGCACUCAAGAAGAAGAACAUUCCUCAGCCCACAAAUGCCCUGAAAUCCUUCAACUGGUCUAAGCUGCCUGAGAACAAACUGGAAGGAACAGUGUGGACCGAAAUUGAUGAUUCAAAAGUCUUCAAAAUUCUAGAUCUUGAAGACCUGGAAAGGACUUUCUCUGCCUACCAAAGACAGCAGGAUUUCUUUGUGAGCAAUAACUCCAAGCAGAAAGAAGCAGAUGCCAUUGAUGACACACUGAGUUCCAAACUUAAAGUCAAAGAGCUUUCGGUGAUUGAUGGUCGGAGAGCUCAGAAUUGCAACAUCCUUCUCUCGAGGUUGAAAUUAUCCAAUGAUGAAAUCAAACGAGCAAUUCUGACAAUGGAUGAACAAGAAGAUCUGCCCAAGGACAUGUUGGAACAGCUUUUGAAAUUUGUUCCUGAAAAAAGUGACAUUGACCUGUUGGAAGAACAUAAACACGAGCUGGAUCGGAUGGCCAAGGCUGAUAGAUUCCUUUUUGAGAUGAGCCGAAUUAAUCAUUAUCAGCAAAGAUUGCAAUCGCUGUACUUCAAAAAGAAGUUUGCAGAGCGCGUGGCGGAAGUGAAACCUAAAGUGGAAGCAAUUCGUUCUGGCUCAGAAGAGGUGUUUAGGAGCAGUUCCCUCAAGCAGUUGCUAGAGGUGGUUUUGGCAUUUGGAAAUUAUAUGAAUAAAGGCCAAAGAGGAAAUGCGUAUGGAUUCAAGAUCUCCAGCCUAAAUAAGAUAGCUGACACAAAAUCCAGUAUUGAUAAGAACAUUACCCUUUUGCACUAUCUCAUAACUAUUGUGGAAAAUAAAUGCCCCAAUGUUCUCAAUCUGAAUGAAGAAUUGCGAGAUAUUCCUCAAGCCGCAAAAGUAAACAUGACUGAGCUGGACAAAGAAAUAAGUACCUUGAGAAGUGGCUUGAAAGCAGUAGAGACAGAGCUGGAAUAUCAGAAGUCUCAGCCCCCACAGCCCGGAGAUAAGUUUGUGUCCGUUGUCAGCCAGUUCAUCACAGUAGCCAGCUUCAGCUUCUCUGAUGUUGAAGAUCUUCUAGCAGAAGCCAAAGACCUGUUUACUAAAGCAGUGAAGCAUUUUGGGGAAGAAGCUGGCAAAAUGCAGCCGGAUGAGUUCUUUGGCAUUUUUGAUCAGUUUCUUCAAGCUGUGUCAGAAGCCAAACAAGAGAAUGAAAACAUGAGGAGGAGGAAGGAAGAAGAAGAGCGUCGAGCUCGCAUGGAAGCUCAGCUCAAAGAGCAACGUGAAAGGGAACGUAAAAUGAGAAAAGCAAAAGAGAACAGCGAAGAAAGCGGAGAGUUUGAUGACCUUGUUUCAGCGUUACGCUCCGGAGAAGUGUUUGACAAAGACCUUUCCAAAUUGAAACGGAAUCGCAAACGCAUUACCAACCAGAUGACGGACAGCAGCCGAGAGAGACCAGUCACAAAACUUAAUUUCUAAUUUUCCAUGAAUACUUUUCUAGAAAGCGCAUUAGUAUCCCUUUGAAGUGACUAGAACUUUUCAUUACACUGCCUUGCAAUCCAAACGGUGGCAAUUUCUUCCCUCAUCUGUGAGUGAAUGUGUGUAUGUAAAUGUAUGCGUGUGUAUAUAUAUGUAUUAAAAAGUGUAUAUAGAAGUCUGAGUGUUGUCUGGAGACCUAUAUGUAUAGCUAAAAAAUUUUGUUAAUGUAUGUGCUCAGAAACCCUUCGUGUAUGCAUUCACAUUGAGUGUGGCUCAUUUUCUCUCCCUGAACACCAUGACUGUUCAGAAGCACAAUAUUAUCUCCUGAAAGAGAUGACAGAGACAUUCCCUAGAGUAUAUUUAAAAAAGAAAAGGCUUGCAGAAUAUUUUAUGGUUUCCAAGCUUGGUAUACUCUGAAAUUAUUUUCAUUGGUGGAACUGGAGUUGGACAAAUGUAGAUGUAAAAUGGUUUUUGAUAGUUGACAAUGUGAUGCUGGUGCAUCGCAUCAGUAAUAAGUAGGACCAGCUUAGAAUUUCUGACGUUGGUGUGGGGAUACAGUCUGUAAAUAUUUAUUAAGAACAUCUUGCACACAAUGUGAAUCAUGUAGAAUGUCAAUCAGAAUUUUUCUGUAUAUUUAAAACUUGGACAUCAAUUUUUUUUCCCCCCUAAUUUCAUCAAGUUCUCUGCCAAGUACUCUUGAUGACUUCUUUAAAUUGCUUUUGGAAAGAACACUAUCUUCAUGCAAUCCACACUCUUGUUAAAAAAAAAAGAUUACCAGAAUGUGCUUCUUGUUCUAACAAUAUAGAUAUAUAAACCUGAAAAAUAAAAUAUCCUACCCAAGACUUAAAGGUAGAAUUCUCUGAAGGGAUAAAGAUUCUUUAAAAAAAUUUUUUAAUGGGGUGCCUUUUUGUUGUUGUUGUAUUUUCUAUUUUCUGUUUUGUAGGACAAGCUGCAUCUUCUGUAAAUAUAGGUCUGGAAUAAAUGACACUUAAAGAAUGCACAAAAUGUCAACAGCAUCAGCAGAUAUGCCCAGAUCUAUUUAUCUCUAAGUAUAUUUGAAGUGGUUUGUUUAUAUGUUGUCAUUUUAAAUUGUAUGUCAGUAAAGCUACCUGUAAAAUUUCAGUCCAAAAAAUAAAGCUCUCAGGGAGAAACAAUAAAAACAAUGAACAUUAGAAAAUAAAAUAUAGAUGCUUACCAUUAACCUACCAACUCUUAAUAUCCUUAAAUUAUAUGAUAUAUAAAGAGGACUGUUACUUUUUGCCUUUUUUUUUUUUUUUUUUUGCUUUGCUUUAUUUAUUUGUAGUUGGGAUGGGGGGCCUAAUGUUUAUUCUUUUCUUUCCAUUGAUCCUAUUGUGGUUGGGUUUCCUGUGGAGAGAGUAGUUUGUCCUGUUGCACUAGAUUAUUUACUCACUAAAUUGAGUUUUUCAAUUAACAAAUAUUUAUUAAGCACCUACUGUGUACCAGGCAUAGUAGGGCUACAAUGGUAAGCAAGACAGAGUCCCUGCCCCCACGGAGCUUAUGCUGUAAUGGGGAUAUUAAGGGAUGAAUAGAAUACCAAUGUGUGCACUGUACAGGAAUCACGCUAUUUAAAAAUAAUUUGUAUAAACUAUAAUGCUUAGUGCAGAUGGCAAGGUAUCUGUGCUAAGUGAAAGCUGUGAAAUAGUGCUCUAAGAGUUGUCAAGAGCUGUGGUUUUACAUUUUGUUUCUCAUUGCAAAUAUAGUGACUUUCUACACAUUAUAUGGACAUAAACGUCUCCUAGCAAAUAAAACGGUCAUGAAUACAAAGCAGAGGUCACGCUCCCCCACCCCCUAGUUAACCGAGCUCUGCGCGUACACCACGUUAAAGGUGCAGAUGGAGACUCGGCUCAAAAAGGCUUAGAGAUGAGGAGUUGGAUAUAAUGAUGGUUUUGUCUAUUCCUUAACUAAAGUGCCUCUAUGUAUAUUCUUUUCUAUUUAAAGCAGGAGAAAUUUGGUCUGGCUCAAUUUUGAAACUGUAUUUUGAAAAUGGCUUUGUCUUAUAGUUUAAGGAAUAGACAUGGGGAGGAAGAGUCACAUACAGGAGCAAGUUUGUGUAGCAUGUCCCUCUUGCCCUUCUUAAAUCAUCCUCUUUUUGAUAUGGCCAUCCUGGUAGGCCUCCUUUGCCAUGUCCACGUUUGGUUCCUUUCCCCGAAAACUGUGUGCAGGUAAUUCCAUGUGCCAUUGUUGAGAAGAAAAAAACAAAAAAAACCUUUUAGAUUGGUGCUGGUGUAAGUAGCCACUUUUCUCUCUUGGGUGUGUAUUUUAAAGUUUUUUGUUUGUUUUUUUAAAUUAAUGCCAAAAAGAAAAAGCAUAAUUUGUAAACUUAAUUAUAUGUCUUGUAUCUUAUUAGUUUAGUAGUCGGAACCACUUAGUCUUUAGGUGCAAGACUGUUGUUAGAUAGUACCAAGAAAAAUGAUGUUGUAUGUGUUAUGAGACUGUACAUUUUUUAAAAAAUAGCAAUAUGCAAUAAAGAGAUGAAUUCAUUGGGUGUACA